AUGGGAGAUCCUUCUGAAUGCGAAGUCAUUGCCAGACGGCUGAAGGAGCGCAGAAGCUGGAUGGCUGGUGUCGGAAAAAUGCCAGUCGAGGUUCUCAGGGAGAUAUUCUCCUUUGUGUCUCCAAAUGAGUCUGGGAACAGCCUGAUGAUCCUUGGAACGAAAAAAGAAUACGAAAUCCGGAAGCCGGCCAUGACACUGUCGCAAGUGUGCUCGCAUUGGAGACGUGUCUCCUCCUCCUGUGCACACCUUUGGUGCGCCAUACAGGUAUCUAUUAGCAAGCCUCCUAGCUCUUUCAGAACCAUCCUUGGUACCUACCUGAAGAAUUCAGCAGGUCGCCAAUUACAAGUCUGGUUUUGGGAGUACUGGGUGGAUUCUAGCGCCUCAAUAAUGGACUAUCUAGGCACAAACGGUUUUUAUAUAUUCAAGACUCUGAUGGAGGAAUCAUAUCGAUUCAAAUCGCUCAUCAUCGAGGCAUUCACCUAUCCCGUAUUCCAAACGAUCGAAUCCUCCUACGUGAAAUUUCCGGUUUUAAGGUCCCUGUUCAAUUAUCACAGAUCCGACAUGGCCUCCGGCGCGAUAUUCAUGAAGGCAAUAGAGGAGGCCCCCCUUCUUACAGACAUCUACUUUCGCAGGGUACCCUGCAGCCGGGACUGGCAAAAUCUUCCGCUCCCCCCGACGAGGCUUCCUUUCACCCAGAUUACCAGACUCGAGUUCCGUCUGGUUGACUCCCUAGAACAAUUCCACAGAUUCGUUCCCCACUUCGUCAAUCUAAAAUACCUCAUCAUUCAGGCUCUGAUGCCUCGGUACAAUCGGCAGUUGGCGGUGGACUUGGAUAUGUCGAUGACCUUGCCUUCACUCACAGGCUUAUAUCUUUCCACCAACAAGGCUCAACCCGGUCCUUCAUCAAACCUAUUGGACAUUCUCGACCUCCCCAGUCUAAAAACCCUCAGCAUCGUAUCUUGGGAGACCCCAGGCGAUGCUGAUCCCACUUGGCCCUCUAGAUCUUUCCUUUCCUUCCUUCAACGGACGAGCUCAAUAACCAUGCUGGAUCUCCGUCUUCCACGAUUCACUCAUAUUCCAUCAGAGAGUAUCCGAACGGUCUUCAAGUCAAGUCCUAACUUGGAAGCUUUUGCCAUCGGCAUUGAGAAAGACGACGAGAACUCGUCAUUUCUUCACGGUUUGACAUCUGCACUCUCAAUUCGGCCGGGUGAUGAACUACUGGAAGUUGUCGUUCCACGGUUGAAAGUAUUGAGUGUGAGAUUCCGUUGUGGUGUUGAAGAUGAGAAGGCUGUCAACGAGCUCUUAGAUUGUAGGUCCAAGGAGGAGUUGAAGAAGCUGGGAAGAAGUGAUAUUCCAGUUUUUGGUCUCUACUUCAAUCAUAACGACUCUAUUCUACCUGAAUGGAGUCAUCAACGUACUAGUUAUUGA